AUGGCAUACCCAUUCGAGAUCAAGGAGCACAUUCUGCCUGGCCAGCAUAUCCGGCGUUAUCCAAGGGCAACGGCACAAAACCAGCACGACACCCUCAAGGUUGUAUACAAGCAGUACCGCCCGUUUGACAAUCCUACCCCGAGCCCUGGAGAUAUUACCAUCAUUGGAGCGCAUGCGAAUGGCUUUCCCAAGGAGCUUUACGAACCACUCUGGGAAGAGAUCUAUCAACUCCUGAAAAGUAAAAACAAGGCCAUCCGUGGUAUUUGGAUCGCAGAUGUCGCCCAUCAAGGGCAAAGUGGUGUACUGAAUGAGGACAAACUUGGCAAUGACCCAAGCUGGUUCGAUCAUCCCCUCGACCUUCUUCACAUGGUGAACGUCUUCCGCGAUGAGAUGAUCCGACCAAUAGUCGGUAUCGGCCACUCUUUGGGCGGUAACAAUCUCGUCAACCUUGCCCUGCUGCACCCUAGGCUCAUGGAGAGUUUGAUCCUCAUCGACCCCGUUAUCCAGCGGGCUGCUUCCGUCCAAGGCAAUUAUAUGCCCGCAAUGCUCUCUUCUCGCCGUCGAGAGGUCUGGCCUUCGCGUCGCGAAGCCGCCGAAGCCGCGAAAAAGAGCAAGUUUUACCAAUCGUGGGACCUGCGUGUCUUGGAACGAUGGUUGGAGCAUGGUCUGCGCGACAUACCAACGGCGCUCUUCCCCGGGACCCCCUCGACCACACUUAACUCGGAGGCGACCACGUCCACCCCCGUCACGCUUAAGACCACGAAACACCAAGAAGUCUUCACCUUCCUCCGGCCAAACUUUCGAACAAUUGGCGUCGAGCCAGACAUCAAGCCAGAGCUCAUAGUAACGACGUCCCACAAUCGCGAUCCUGUCGGCCACGCGGACUACGAUCCCACCUCCGGUCUCGCCAAUGCGCCUUUCUAUCGCGCAGAGCCCAUUAUUACGUUUAAUCGACUUCCCCACCUCCUACCCUCAGUACUGUAUAUCUUUGGCGAGACAUCUACGCUCUCGAGACCAGAGUUACGCUCGGACAAGAUGGCCGUGACGGGCGUGGGUGUUGGGGGCAGCGGAGGCGCGCCUGCAGACCGGGUCAAGGAGGUGGUGGUGAAAGGCGUCGGCCACCUGAUUCCAAUGGAGGCACCGAAGGAGACGGCUCAGCAUUCGACGAAGUGGCUGGAGGCAGAGAUUCGUGUAUGGAAUGAACGAGAGGCGCGGGAGAGGAAGGAGUGGGAUUCCGUGCCAAGUUCGGAGAAGACAAAGCUCAGCGAGGCGUAUAUGUCCAUGCUGCACUCUGAUGAGAGCCUGAGCUCAAAGGGCAAGAAGACAAAGGCAAAGCUUUGA